AUGGAGAAGAUCUGGAAAAAAGACAGCGAACUGAAUUUCAAUACAGCUCACAUCAUAUUUGCUGAGAACAACCAAAGUAUCCGGUUCACAUCACUGCUACCGAAUUAUUCUGGUAAUUAUGUAUGUUGUGUUAGAAACAUCGGCGAAAAGGAAUACUAUUGCACUGAUCGGAACUUGACCGUGAUCGCACCACUUGAUAAUCUUACACAAAUUCUCGAUACUUCUGCAAAAUUUUCAGAAGAGCCGAUUAAUCAGACUACAUUGGUCAUUCGACUAGGUCCUAAUGAUCAGCUGUAUGCUCACAAGGCUCAAACUUAUCUCUUGAAGUUGUUCAACGGAAGCGUUUCCAAUAUUCAUUGCAAUUUCAAUGGUAACAUGACAUCGAUGGAAACAAACUUCAACGUGGGUGUUUCAAAAGAAAAUCUGGAUAAUGAGAAAGGCCAUACUGGCUACCUCGAUGGGUGA